CUAGAUAUGAAAAGCCAAGAGACCUUUUUUCUAUGCAACAUCGUUUCAUAAGCAAGACUUCCUCACCAGAAACAACUCGCUGCCUCCCUGGGCGUCUCUCAUUUUUUCCAAUCAAAGCAAGUCCUGCAAGACCCACAUUCUGGUUGCUGUUCUAAGGUAUUCUCAGACGGUUCCCAGAGUGGAGUAGCAGAAAAAUGGCACAGAUUUUGGCACCCUCUGCGCAAUGGCAGAUGAGAAUGCCAAAGCUUUCAGGCAACCCAAGUCCUAUGACAUCAAAGAUGUGGGGCUCUCUGUUAUUGAAACAGAAAAAGAAGGGACCAGCUAAAACCUCCGCUAAUUUUAGAGUGUUUGCACUUCAAUCUGAAAACAAUACCAUCAAUCGGAUCGAGGAUCUUUUAAACUUGGACGUCUCCCCGUACACUGACAAGAUCAUUGCUGAGUAUAUCUGGAUUGGUGGGAGUGGGAUUGAUUUGCGUAGCAAGUCAAGGACGAUUUCGAAACCAGUUGAACAUCCAUCUGAACUUCCCAAGUGGAAUUAUGAUGGAUCGAGUACUGGACAAGCACCUGGUGAAGACAGUGAAGUUAUUCUAUACCCCCAAGCAAUUUUUAAGGAUCCUUUCCGUGGUGGUAACAAUAUAUUGGUAAUUUGUGAUACAUACACACCAGCAGGAGAGCCCAUCCCGACAAAUAAACGUUACCGGGCUGCUCAGAUUUUCAGUAAGCAGAAGGUUGUAGAUGAGCUACCAUGGUUUGGGAUAGAGCAAGAAUACACCUUACUUCAGCAAAAUGUGAAAUGGCCCUUGGGUUGGCCCGUUGGAGGCUAUCCUGGUCCUCAAGGUCCUUAUUACUGUGGAGCUGGAGCCGAUAAGUCUUUUGGUCGUGAUAUAUCUGAUGCUCAUUACAAGGCUUGCUUAUAUGCAGGAAUUAACAUUAGUGGAACCAAUGGGGAGGUUAUGCCUGGCCAGUGGGAGUUUCAAGUGGGUCCCAGUGUGGGCAUUGAAGCUGGAGAUCACAUCUGGUGUGCGAGAUACCUUCUCGAGAGAAUCACCGAACAAGCUGGUGUGGUCCUUUCACUUGAUCCGAAGCCAAUAGAGGGUGAUUGGAAUGGUGCUGGAUGCCACACCAACUACAGUACAAAGAGCAUGAGAGAAGAUGGAGGCUUUGAAGUGAUAAAGAAGGCAAUCUUGAACCUAUCGCUUCGCCAUAAAGAGCACAUUAGUGCCUACGGGGAAGGAAAUGAGAGAAGGUUGACUGGAAAGCAUGAAACUGCAAGCAUCGAUACAUUUUCUUGGGGAGUGGCUAAUCGUGGUUGUUCAAUCCGUGUGGGUCGUGAGACAGAGAAGCAAGGCAAAGGUUACUUGGAAGACCGACGCCCGGCAUCAAAUAUGGACCCAUAUGUUGUGACCUCAUUACUGGCAGAAACUACCUUGCUAUGGGAACCUACUCUUGAAGCUGAAGCUCUUGCUGCUCAGAAGCUGUCCUUGCAGGUCUAAAUUUGAUCGGUCGGAGAAAGGAUGAAGCAUUAGGAAAGGCAAUUAGUUAUUCGAUAUCCAAAGGAAUGCUGGUUCCCUUUUCCUUGUAGUUCUUUGGGGAAGAUUCCUGUAAAUAAAUGUCCCAUUGAGAGUAAAUUUUCUGAUGGAAUACAUCCUUUGGAAUAAAAUCUGUUCACAAUUAGUUUCAGCUUAUCAUUUAAAGUGAUAUUGAAUUGCUGCUACUAUGGAAAGUAGACUCUUUUCCAUUUCUGAAGCAGUUCAU